AUGGAGAAGUACAAGGCCGUCGAGCUCACGGCCAAGAUGUACGGCCUCUUCUACGCCCACGUCGACGUCUGGCGCAACCAUAUUCGAGGGACGCUGCAGCACUUGGAACGCGCCAUUCACGUGGGCCUCGAGACCGGCGACCUCGAAUGGGCCGGCUACGAUUCGUUCUACUACUGCGAUCACCUGUUCUUCAGCGGCGAGGCGCUGGACGUCGUGAGCGCCGACGCAGGAGGCCUACCUCCUAAGGCCCUCGUGGGCCGACACCAGGAGCUGCAGGCCACCUACCUCAACAUCUGGCGGCGCGUCGUGCUCAAGCUCUCGCAGGAGAACGUCGAAGAGAGCUACACCUUCUGUGGUAAGGUGAUCACGGACGACGAGAUGUUCCUGUUCACGUACUACCUGGCCAACGGCAUCCUGGCCUACUACAAGUGCGACUACAACCGGGCCAUCGAGUACUUCAAGCUGGCCGAGGAGAACGUGCUGGGCGUCGUGGGCAUGAUGACCAACGCGCAGCACAAGUUCUACUGGUCGCUCGCCCUCCUCUCGCGGCUCGUCGCGACGAAGGGCGGGGACGCCGCCGAGCGCGCGGAGGACGGGCAGCGCGAGGCCUGCCUGGAGCAGGUGACCCGCAACCAGACGCAGCUCGACCGGUGGGCGCAGCACGCGCCGGCCAACUACCGCCACAAGCACAUGCUGGUCGAGGCCCUGCGCACGACCGCCAUCGGCGAGCACUGGCUGUCGAUGGACCUCUUUGACGCCGCCAUCGAGGGCGCGCGCGAAGGCGGCUUCAUGCAGGAGGAGGCCCUCGCCCGCGAGUUGGCGUCCCAUUUCUACACCCUUCGCAAGCGCGAUCGGGUGGCGAACGACUACUUGAGGGAGGCCUACUACCUGUACCUGCGAUGGGGCUCGGUGUUGAAGGUCCAGCAGCUGCAAGACCGACUGCCGCGUACCGACUCGGCGUCCAACCUCGUCGUCCGCUCGGCCUCGCUCUCCUCCGUCCACCAGCACCUCAGCAGUGGCAGCGGCAGUGGCGCGGUUGAUAGCGUCAGUCUGCCCGCCAUGAUCUCGACCGACUCGCUCAGCCACUCGCUGUCGCAAUCGUCGUCAUCAUCGUCGUCGCCCAGCGCAACGACGCUGGUGGCGGGCGGCGACUACCUGGACCUCAUGACCGUGAUCAAGAACUCGCAGGCGCUGCUGAGCGAGGUCGAUGGCGACAAGCUGCUGGGCAAGCUCAUGAGCGGCGUCAUGGAGAACACGGGCGCCGACCGGUGCCUGUUGCUGCUCAAGCGCAAGGACCGAUUCCUGGUCGAGGCCAGCGCGCGCUUCGUCGCCGUCGACGGCGCGCAGCAGAAGCUGCAGAUCUCCACCUCGCUCGGGGCCGAGGUCAAGGAGGUGGCGCUCCCGCGGUCGGUGAUCAACUACGUCACGACCAAGCACGACACGAUCCAGUUCGACGACGUGCCCAAGACCGAGCCGUGGGUGGACGACCCCUACCUCGCCAGCGCCAAGCCACGGUCGCUCCUGUGCACGCCCAUCGUACACAUGGGCCACCUCCUCGGCGCGCUCUACCUCGAGAACUCCUCCAUGAUGUCCGUCUUUAGCAAGAGCCGCUUCUGGCUCAUCUCCAUCAUUUGCUCUCAGAUGGGCAUUGCGCUCCAGAACUCGCGGCUGUUCGGGCAGCUGAGCAAGCGCAGCGCCGAGCUGCAGGAGAUCAACACCAAGCUCGAGGACGAACUCGCCGAGCGACGGAAGAUCCAGGAGGAGCUCGAGAAGGCCAUGGAGCUGGCCAAGGCCGCGGCCGUCUCCAAGAACCAGUUCCUCGCCAACAUGUCUCACGAGAUUCGAACGCCUUUGAACGCGAUCAUCGGAAUGACUGGUCUGCUGCUCGACACGCAGCUCACGGAGACCCAACACGAAUGGCUCAACCUCAUCGAAGUGUCCGGCAACGCCCUUCUUUCUCUUGUCAAUGAUAUUCUUGACUUGGCAAAGAUGGAGAGCGGGAAGGUGAGUCUGGUGAUGGAGGAGUGCUCGCUGGCCGACAGCAUGCGCGAGGCCAUGGCCAUGUUCGUGCACGCCAGCCAGACGAAGGAGGUCAAGAUGAACCUCCAGCUCGACCCGAGCUGCCCCAAGAUCAUUCUCACCGACAAGCUUCGCCUGCGUCAAGUGCUGUUAAAUUUGCUUAGUAACAGCAUGAAAUUCACGCCCGCGGGCGGCUCGGUGGCGCUCUCGGUGUCGUCGCGGCGGGUCAACGUGAUCGAGUCGAUCAGCGUCGAUCCGACCUCGGGCGAGCUCACCACGACGCGCACGCUGGUCGACGACUCCGCGGCGGGCAAGUGGGACGAGGUCCACGUCAAUGUGCGCGACACCGGGCCGGGCGUGGGCCGCCAGAUGCUCGAUCGCCUGUUCCAGCCCUUCACCCAGGGCGACGGCUCCUUCUCGCGCAAGGCCGGCGGCACCGGCCUCGGGCUGGCCAUCAGCAAGCAGCUGGUGACCCUCCUGGGCGGCCGCAUCUGGCUCGACGCGGCCGUCACCGAGGGCUCCUCGUUCCACUUCACCAUCGUGUGUCAGAACGUCGCCGCGAUGAUGAUGACGACGACGACGCCGACGACAGUGACGAUGGCGAGCGCACUCGCUGCCGAGCCGCACUCGCCGCGGAGUCCCAUGCCGCCGGCCAGCCUGAUCGCGCGCCGGCGGCCGUCGCUGGGCCUGCCGCUGCCGCCCCAGAUGGGCUCAGUCGUGAUCGACGCCUCGGGCGACGUGUCGCCGACCACGUCGUCGACCUUCGCCGCCGUGCCCACUGCGCUGUCGUCGCCCCGGAAGAACGAUGGCGGGGCGGCGCAGCUGGUCAAGUCCAGUUCGGUGGAGCUCCAUCGACGCAAGGCCGAAGAGAAAUUCGGGGCGGCCAGCAACGAACCCAAGCGCCCUCUCAUUCUCGUGGUGGAAGACAACAAGACCAACCAAAAGCUGCUGUUGCAGCUGCUCAAGCGGCUAGGCUUCGUCGCCGACGUGGCCAACGACGGCCUCGAAGCCGUCGAGGCCUGGCACAAGAAGAAAUACGAUGUCAUUUUGAUGGAUCUGCAGAUGCCCAACAUGGACGGUCUGACGGCGGCGCAGGUGAUCAUGGCCGAGUGCAACGGUGCGGCGCCGCAGAUCGUGGCCGUGUCGGCCAACGUGUACGAGAGCGACAAGGCGGCGUGCUCCGCGGCAGGCAUGGUCGACUUCAUCGAGAAGCCCAUCAGCCUCGCGCUCCUCAAGUCCUCCCUCGAACGCUGCAGCAAGCGGGGCACCUGGUGA